AUGAGUUAAGAUCUUACUGUUAAUGCUAGCGAGCACCUAAAUUAAACCAUGAAUUUGAUGUUCAAGAGCCUAGAUUAAUGCAGAGUGGCAAUCUUGCUGUAUGGUCUAUACAAGGCAGUCUUGAUCAUUUUGAUAAUUGCCUGUAUUACAAGAGGAUUAUACUUGCUAGAUUUUGCAUUUUUAGAAACCUCUGGUGUAGGCCUGGCAUUCGCUGUUAAGAUCAAGACUGAUUUAGGGUUGCUCCUAGCAAUCAAUACAUUCUUUUUCAUCAUCAGAAUCAAGAACACUCAGGAUCAUAAUUAUUACAAAUUGAAAUAUGUCAAGAGGGCUUGGAGAUAUAAUUUUGGGCUUAUUGGAAUCGCCUUUUUAGUUUAUUUCUUGGCAACAUUUUACGAUGACUACUCAACUCUCAUAAUCUAUACAUAUGACAUUUCAUUAGUGGUCUACUUGAUCUCAAUUUUCAGAUUCAAGAAUAAGAUAGUUGGAGUAAUGAAGAACAAUUAAAUUCUAUAUGAUAAGAAUGAGAAAAAGGAACUUCAAAAGGCAAAUAGAAUCUUUAUGAUCAUAGCCCUAGUUUACAUUUAUAAAAUAUUCCUUGCUAACUUAGCUAGAACAGUGAAAAAUCAGUAACAUUAUAAUAAGUAUUUAUUGAUUUAGAUUUUGGCCUUUGGCUUUUUAAGUAUUCUUGGAAGUAGGGUUAGUCCUAUCAUUAGUGCAUUACCUAUCAGUAGUGUAAGAUUUAUCCUUCUUUUUGGAGUCAAGCUCAAGGAAGUCAUAAGGAGAAGUUAAGACAAUCAAAAGCAAGAGGAGUAGAGACCAGUGUUAAGAGCCUCAAGAACUUACCAACAAAUGCUGAUUGAAUCGAACGAGUCUAUCUAGGUCUUAGGAGGUAUCGAAAGUCAUUUCAAGAAUGAUGAUAAGAAUCUUCUUACUGAGGAUGUUAGAGCUGAUAUCAGAAAUAUCAAGAAGCAACUUUAUGACUUGAUAGCUAACUUAGAGAAAUAUGCAAUUGAAGAGAUGAAAAUCUAACAGAAAAAUGAGAAGGAUAAGAAGUCUUAAAAGAGUUAGAUAAAAUCAGGGGAAGAAGAUGGCAGUGAAGAUGAAGAAAACUAACCUCUUAUCAAGCAAGAGCAGAGCAGCAUACUUUCUCAAAUUUCUGGCAGGAAUUUGUUUGAAGAGUUCGCCAGAGCUACUCGUUUGUAUUACUACGAGAAGGAUCUUGAGAGAUUAAAGAGCUUGAUCAAUUAUUGCAAGCAUGAGAUUAUUGUUGAAUAUCAAAAGAUGCUAAGAGGAUCAGUAGACGAAAUGAAUACUGCUUAGAGAAAAUUUGGAGAAGGACUUAAGAGAAAGCUUGAAAAUCUUGACAAUAAGCUCAGUAAUAGUGCUAGAAUGACCAAUGUGGAUAAAUCCUUGAAUUUCACCAGACUUUCAGUAGACAUUAAAGCUAAACUUGAAGAAGAAGUCAUUCCAAAUAUCACAAAACUCAAAGGAAUAAUUGAGGAAUUUGAUAACAUCAAUUUCUAUAGAGUUCAGCCAUUCCCUAAAACUCUUAAAGACUAGGGUAGAAAAGACUAGAAACAAUUGGAUGAAGAAGAAUUUGAAAAAACAUUGAAUUCUUAUGUUCAGCUCGCAGACUUAUAAGAGAGGUUUAACAAUCAGAAGGCAUAAAUGCUUGAGAUUGAGAAAUUCCAUGACGAAUUACUAGAAAAACUGACACAAGUUCAGAAAGAUCAGUAAGCUAAUGCUCCCAGAAUGUCUCAAUGA